AUGUCCUAAAAGUGAGUGACAGUAUACCGUACAUUAAACAAUUUACGAAUGUGUUUAAUCUGUGAAACGGGAAUUGCAAAGUAUUUUCGUGCCUAGUUUUGCUUAUGUAGCUAGUAGUGUUCAUUAACAAUGAGUUCUAAAAAGGGGAAACGAAGUUCUGGGAACAAACACUUCCCCAUUGCGGAGUCAGUGAGCAUAGCGCUGAAAAUUCAGUUGGACAAGUUCAUCAGUGAUGACAACGAAACCGAACUUAAGUUUCCAUCGUUCUUGUCGGCUCAAGAGCGCGGUUUUAUUCAUGAGACUGUUGUUAAAUUAGGACUCAAAUCGAAAUCGCGCGGGAAAGGUGUCAACCGCUAUUUAACAGUCUACAAAAGAGUAGGAUCAUCAAUAAUACAAAAUGAUGCAAAACUCAUUUUGGACUCAAACAUGAGGUGUAGCAUUGCAGAGCUAUCAAAUACUUUUCCCAUCACUAACAAAGAGAAGGAUGAUUUAAGCAGCUGUCCUGAAAAGGAAAGAAGCCCUCAACUCUCGCACAAGAGUUUGGGGCAGCUCAAUAAUGGAGUUGCACAGAUUCCAAACACAACAUACAAUCCAGAUUUAUUGAAAUUCAGAGAGAAACUUCCUGUUUAUGAGCAGAGGCAAGAUUUAAUGAAUGCCAUCGUUCACAAUCAGGUCAUUAUAGUAGCCGGAGCUACAGGGUGUGGAAAAACAACACAGCUUCCACAACUGGUGCUGGAGUAUUGUCAACAACGUGGUCUUCCAGCCAGACUGUACUGCACCCAGCCGAGGAGAAUUUCAGCUGUGUCUGUAGCCGAAAGGGUGGCGUAUGAAAGGAUGGAGAAAAUAGGACAGUCAAUUGGCUACCAGAUCCGUCUGGAGUCGAGAGUCAGUCCUCGAACGGUGCUCACUUACUGUACCAACGGGGUGCUGCUCAGGACCCUCAUGGGAGGAGACAGUGCACUUACUGGCGUGACCCACAUACUGGUGGACGAGGUCCACGAGCGCGACAAGUUCAGCGACUUCCUGCUGAUCGCCCUGAGGGACGCGCUGCCCAAGCACAAGGACCUCAAGCUCGUGCUCAUGUCCGCCACCAUGGACACGCAGAUAUUCUCCAGGUACUUCAACAACUGCCCGGUGAUAACCAUUCCGGGGCGGCUCCACGAGGUCCAGCGGUACUAUCUCGAAGACGUACUGAAGAUAACCAAAUACAGAACGCCGAAAAUGGUUCAAGUUGAAAAGGAACUGAAGAAUAAAUUGAAGUCUGGCAGGAGCUACUGGUCGCAGCUGGAGACUCAAAAAGCCGAAGACGGACCAAGCAAGGAAGUUAAAGAAGAAAAGGAGAAUGUUCUGGAUGCAGGUCUGCAGGCAGACAUGGACGAGUUCAUCGAUGAAUGCUUCAAGGAAGGCAGCUUGGACUCGUUCUGCCAGCUGCUGUACAUGUACCUGUCGGAGGGCGUGCCCGUGCAGUGCGCGCACAGCCGCUCGGGCCGCUCGGGGCUCAUGGCGGCGGCGGCGCGCGCCCUGCCCGAGACGCUGCACCAGCUGCUGCACAUGGGUGCCGAUCCAUCCGCCAAAGACAAAGACGGCAAGACGGCAUACGACUACGCCGUGGACAGCGGACACGCCGAGUCUGCCAAGCUACUCGCCACCUUCAACCUCACCGAGGACUCCAAGGAAAACCUGGAGGACAACGACGGCGACAACUUCCUCCUCGACGUCUACCACCACACCUUCUCCGAGGAACUCAUAGACCACGAUCUGAUGCUGGCUCUCAUAAAGUACAUCCACGUCACGCUGCCGAAGGGGAGCAUACUGGUGUUCCUCCCGGGCUACGACGACAUAGUAACACUGAGGGACAUGAUCCAGUCUUGUCCGGAGAUGAACGCCCAGAAGUACCAAAUGUUCACGCUGCACAGCAACAUGCAGACGGCCGACCAGAAGAAGGUGUUCAACGCGCUGCCCAACGCCAGGAAGAUCAUCGUCUCGACCAACAUCGCGGAGACGUCCAUCACGAUCGACGACGUGGUGUUCGUGGUGGACUCGUGCAAGGUGAAGGAGAAGUACUACGAGUCCAACGGCGGCGUGUGCACGCUGCAGUGCGUGUGGAGCUCGCGGGCCUGCUGCCAGCAGCGCGCCGGCCGCGCGGGCAGGACCAAGCCCGGCCACUGCUUCCACAUGUGCUCCAAGCGACGCUUCCAGACCCUGCCGCUCAACUCCGUGCCGGAGAUCCUCCGCGUGCCCCUCCAGGAGCUGUGUCUGCACACCAAGCUGCUGGCGCCCGGGAACACGCCCAUCGCUGACUUCCUGUCCAAAGCGUUGGAGCCUCCCUCGUUCCUGGCCGUCAGAAACGCGGUCACGUUACUGAAGACCAUAGGGGCUCUGACCCCCAUGGAGGACUUGACGGAGAUCGGCCAACAUCUACUAGACCUGACCGUGGAGCCCAAGUUAGGGAAGAUGUUGCUUUACGCGUGCGUGAUGAAGUGCCUCGACCCUAUAUUGACCAUAGUGUGCAGUCUCGCGAAUAAAGAACCUUUCCAAAUAUCUUUGAACCCUGAAAACAGGAAGAGAGGAAGUGCGGCUCGAAAAGAGUUCGCAGCCGACAGCUACUCCGACCAUAUGGCCUUGUUAAGAGCUUUCCAAGCUUGGCAGACAGCGCGAGCGAAUGGAAACGAAAGAGCUUUCUGUACGAAGAACCUUAUAUGCGGAGCCACCAUGGAAAUGAUCGUGGGAUACAGAUCUCAAUUGCUGGCCCAAUUAAGAGCACUGGGACUCGUCAAAGCUCGAGGAUCGGGAGACAUCAAAGACGUAAACUUGAACUCUGAGAAGUGGCAUGUGGUGAAAGCUGUGCUAGUUAGCGGCCUGUAUCCGUCCAUAGCCCGCGUGGACAGGGACACCGGUACUUUGCGAACUUCGAAAGAAGUCAAAGUGGCAUUCCAUCCCAGUUCCACUUUGCACAAGGGCGGCGGUAUCACGGGCUCCCAAAAAUCGGUCAUCAAUGUUCCUACCGACUGGGUCGUGUUCGAAGAGAUCUCGCGAGCGGGACGGUUCUGUUUCAUUCGGUGCAACACCCUGGUGACGCCGCUGACCGUGGCGCUGUUCGGCGGCCCGCUGCGGCUGCCCCCCGGGGCGCUCACCCAGCGCGCCAACCCCCCGGGGCUGUCCAGCGACUCGGACAGCGAGGCCGACGAGAGCAACGCGUCCCCGGACACGGCCGUGCUCGCGCUGGACGACUGGAUGGCCUUCACGGCAGACGCGUCCGACGCCAUCAGCGUUUGCUACCUGCGACAGAAGCUCUGCGCUUUGGUCAUCAGACGCAUGUCGAACCCGGCCAAGCCCACGACGCCCCUGGACGACCAGAUCCUGAACACCGUCGUCCAUAUCCUCGGAGCCGAAGAGAAGAACGUGGGCUUGAGUCAACCGAGCGGCAUCGGCCAACGUCCCAAACCCUUGACCUUAGACUCGCCAAACUGGAGAAUGAGGGUGGAAGAAGAUCAGUACAGACACGACAAGUACUACCCGCAGUACAGCCAGCCGGAGUACCAGAAUACCUUCUACCCGAACUACUUCAGGAACGGCCAGGGAAGGCCCGGCUGGAGGGGCGACGUGAUGCCUCAAGGCUUCUCGCCGCAGUACAAUGGCCCUAAGAGCCCUAUGUCUCCGAACGGAAAGGUCAUGAUGCCCAACAUGGAGAAGUACGGCGAGGGCGCGGAGGGGAACGCGAAGCAGUUCAUGAUAAAGGUGGACGAGCUGCACGCGCUGGAGGCCGCCUACAGCACGGGCAGCUACGUGUUCGCGCAGAACAUCGCCAAAAGACUGCAGAAAGCUAAAAUGGAGGGUCAUCGUGUAACAGUAUUCUUCUCGUGUCCGAGCGCCAACAAGUUCGUGGGCUGCGCGAACCUUCUGGACGUCAGCGGAGCCCUAGAGUGGAUCUCCACGCAACACGUGCCUUAUCAUAUGGUUCGACACUCGUGCGGGGGGGCGCGGGGCUGCGUGUGGCGCGAGGGGGAGCUGUGCGGCGCGGGGGGCGGCGCCCUGCUGGCGCACAGCCGGCGCCGGCACGCGCGACACCCGCACUGACACGUGCGCGCCCGCACCCGCACGUGCGCGCCCGCACCGACGCACGCACGUGCGCUCCUCAAUAUACGUAAUGUGUAUUCAUUUAAAGGCACAACUAGACUAAUUCAUUCGCAUUUAGAAAAUGAUUAAUAAUUUCGGUUUUUUGUUGUUGUGGGUUAACACUUAAUUGUUCUAGUGACAAAAAGCUUUGUCCGACUCUGUCUUUGUCGUAAACACUGACUCACGGCUGUGAGAGAAAUAGAUGUAAAAUAAUAAAACACAGCCGUCAUGAUAAAGUAAAUUAUUAUAUUUUAAUAUAUUUUAAAGUCAUACGAGAGUUGAGUGUACAUGUUUUUAUUUGUUAUAUAUUAUAUAUUUAAUUUUAUUUGGACUCAAGUGAGCAUUGAUUUGUCGACACUAGAUGUGACACUAGCCGUUUAUAUUUAUAUAUGUAAUUAUAAUUUUAUAACAUUCUAUGAUAGGUUUUGUUUUAUAUGUUAUGGUCUGGUAUCGAGACCUUUAAACCAAGUCAUAUAUUUUCUACUUAACUCAUACUAUGAUAUGAAGCGUAAUGAGAUGAAGUUGAUUAAUUUGAGACUUGAAUCAACUGAGAUGAUAUUGAAUGAAACGAAACUAGAUGAAAUAAGUCUAAGUAAAGUGGUUGUUAUUUACUGAGACAACCUCGGCUCUGUUUCAUUUUUCCAUAUUUGUGCAAUUUCGCUAAACAGUGAAUAAACCACCGAAGAAACAUUAAAUUAACGAAAUAAAACAUUUCACACAACUUCGCUCCUCGCGUUCAAGCCAAUGACUCACAUCGAUAUGAGUACUCUAUCAUCAAGUUGGUCACAUAUAAUCUUUGCUUAUAUAAAUCGUUUCUUUCUAUUAUGACACAAAAAUUAUAUUUAUAACAUAAAAUAAUGUAAUAGCUCUUCCUAUAAAAGAAUUCGAUUCGCUCACAUUACAUUAAAUAAAAUAAAAUACUAGUUGCGUAUACAUUGUACUUUUACUGUUGAUAUGUCUCGCGUAUAUUAUUGUAAUGACGUCAUUGACCAUUGACCCCCGACCGCGGGCUACUAAAACUGUAAAUUAUUCGAAACAACCAAUAAAAUAUAGUGACAGUAACAUAUGCGAGAUAAACCCGUAAUGGUAUUUUUAGUUACGCAUAAAACUCGUGAGUAACGAAGAGGAUAAUAUAAUGUCAUUUCGUUAUCGUGGCAGCCCUAAAAUUUAGACUUAAGCCGUUUUUAUUUAUUUAUGUAAACAAUUAGCUAAAUUGUUAACAUUUAAUGUACAUUACAAACACUGUGUGCUGAAUUCUUACCGCGCUUAUAGUUUUAAUUAGUUUCUGAUAUCUCCGAGUUGGAAGGUCAAGUUAGGGUUAGUAAAAUUCAGUGUCUCUCAAAGUCGAAGAAAAUUCAGUGUUUCUCAAAGUGUCCAGAGAAAACUGUUCUGUAUGAGAGGGUAGUCAGGUCUGUCUGUUCGUUGCGUUCUACCCACAGUCUUCGGUUCACUCGAAUCAACUCAUUUAUACUAAUAAUAUAGUGGCAAAAACCCGUUAUUAGUGUUUAAUAGCAAAAUAUUAUAUUAACUGACGUACAAAUAAUGUUCAAAUUACAUAACGCUAUGUAUAUGUGCCUUUGUAAUUAUUUAGUUUGUAUAUAAUUGAUUUGAUGAAUUUAUAAAGAGCGCGCUUUGAGAACUAUUCGAUGAUCUUGAAAGUGUUCAACUGAAAUGGCAGAAUUUAGGAUUAUGCAGGGAGAUGUAGUUCCGCCCGAUUGCCGCGGCGUGCAAGCCCGAAGUACAUUUGCACGUGUGUCAACUCUAAGUACACCUGCACGUGUGCCAGCCUUAAGUAUAUGUGCAUGUGUGCUAACCCUAAGUACAUUUGCAGAUGUGCCAACUCUAAGUACACCUGCACGUGUGCCAGCCUUAAGUAUGUCUGCACAUGUGCUAGCCCUAAAUACAUUUGCACGUGUGCCAACUCUAAUUACACCUGCACGUGUGCCAGCCUUAAGUAUAUCUGCACGUGUUCUAGCCCUAAAUACAUUUGCACGUGUGCCAACUCUAAUUACACCUGCACGUGUGCCAGCCUUAAGUAUAUCUGCACGUGUGGUAACCCUAAGUACUUUUGCACGUCCGUCAGCCCUAAAUAUAUUGCAGGUGUGCCAGUCCUAAGUAUAUCUAAACAUGUGCUAGCCCUAAGUAAAUCUGCACGUGUACCUGGCUGUUGUAUUUAAAGAAGUGUGAUACUUUUCUUUAUUUUCUUGAUUCUAUUUAUAUUUAUCAUACCCAUGGUGCGUGAGAUGUUUGGGAAGAGGCGUUUAAGUGGCCAUUUUACUCGGUGAGGUUGGAGUGUUUGGUAAAAUGUCCGUUCGUCAUGUCGAUUGCUUGAAGCUGUGAGGCGGUAGGUGCGUUAGGGGUUAGCGGGAGGUCAGGUCGGAAGCCGAGACAAGGAUCUACUGCUCUGAGUUUUUUGAAAGAAAAAAAAACCUUUGUUUUCAAUAAUUGUUAUUUAUGUUAUGUACAUUCGAUUAGCGUUUUGCUUUAUGUUCACGACUAGUUAUCAUCAAGUGGAUCGUAUACUCGUCUGCCUUGAAGGGCGAUGGAAAUUUAUAAUUUUUACUAUCAAUUUGAUUUCUGUUCUCACUAAUAUAUAGUCUGUUAACAAAGUAGAUGCAUAUCUUUUCUUGUUCAUUAUUAUUGUUACAUAAAGAUGUAAAAUUGAUUUACUGGUGGUAGGAGCUCUUGUGAGUCCGCACGGGUAGUCACCACCACUCUGCCUAUUUCUGCCGUGAAGCAGUAAUGCGUUUCGGUUUGAAGGGUGGGGCAGCCGUUGUAAUUAUACUGAGAACUCAUAUUUCAAGGUGGGUGGCGCUAUUUCCGUCGUAGAUGUCUAUGGGCUCCGGUAACCACUUAACACCAGGUGGGCUGUGAGCUGGUCCACCUAUCUAUGCAAUAAUAAAAUAAAAAAGAAUUAAUAUUGACGUAAUUGACGAUAAGUAGACAUUGACGUAAUAUGGCUUCAGUAAUUCAAGAAUAAUUAUAUUAUAAUUAGUACAGCACGAACUUAUAGUUCGGUGUAAAAAUAACGUUUUAAUAGAACCAGUGAUUUCGUUUGUUUGUUCGUUGUAUUGUGAAUGUGGCUCCGAUCGUGCCAGGCGAGCUAGUUCAGGCUUCACACUUGGACGAGGAUCCGAGAUGACCACACGAGAACAAUGUGUUAUAAGCCUCGGACGAUGCUUGCUCAGAACUUUUAUGGAACAAUUUUCUAGAUUAAGUUAGCGAAAAUUAUAUGUAUGUAUAAAAAAUUGGGAAAACGGUGUGCUCGUAACUUGGUGCACGUGAAAGAAGUGAAACUUCUUUGGUGGUAUGUAGUAUUGUGUUUAUCUUCAUUUUUCACCCUUAAAUUAAAUUUCUCUUGUAAUGGCGAAUGCUGUGUAUAAGAGAAAGGACCGCUUCAACAUUUAUAUAUAUUUUAAAUUAUAUGUAUAUAGAAAAAUAAAUAAAAUUAAAUAUUUUUGAAAUCCUUAAUUAGAUUAAUAUGUUACUACCGUCUACAGGAACAAUGAGUAACUAAGAAAAAGCCAUCUGGUGGCCGACGACUGUAAACAAAAUGUGUACGAGAAACAACCAAGCUCGCUUUCUCACUCUCGCUCGUCCUAAAUUGUAUCUUUUCUCUCUAGUUGUAACGAAUAUGUCGCAAUUAAAAUUUUACUCUCAACGCGCCUAAAGAAGUUUCACUUCAAAAACAUUCAUUCGCGUAUUCGGUUUUAUGUUAUAUCCUUGUUAAAUCGUAAAUGUACGAAGUGAAUGAACAAAUUGUAUGUAUUGAGUAUGCGAAACAAAAGUAUUCAGUAGCAUAAUCUAUCAAUAUUUAACUGAAACACAUACUAGAUGUGCAAACAAAGGAAAAUAUCAAUUAUAAUCGAUAUUUCAAACACGGUGAGCUCUUGUGGUCGGUAAGGUUUGCAAUAGCCCAGCGCCGUACCGCGGUGUGGCAAUCCCGGCUUGUAAGUCCCCGUGAGCACGCGGGUCACCGCUACGCUGUUGUGAAUGGAUUUGAACAUUACUCUUAUGAAGAAAUGUAACUAUCUGAUUAAAACAUUUUUUAUUGUGUAAUAUCGAUCGAAAUUGCAAAAUUAUUUCUGUUAUGUUAAUCUUUCGUGUUAACACAGAAAUUAAUUUAAUAAAGAAUUUAUAAAAUUAUUGACAUUUCAAAUGUAUAGUUACAUUAAAGUCGACAACUCUGACUUUUGUAGAAAUAAAUAUAUAUUUAUAUAUGUUGGAAACUCACUUUAGCAUUUGCGCAGUUGGAAACUUUACAUUUCAAAACGUAUAAAUUAAUGCUUUCAUAGUGCAGAGUGCAGGAGCCCCGGGGCAGCAAUAUAUGGGUACAUAUUUUGAUUUGCACGUGUUGUCUUACACCACGGUGUCCCGCGCGUGCCUAACUCAGGAUAGACUUUUUUUUGUUCCUACCUGAAAGCCUUGAGAGGCUAUUUCAGCGUAACCUUAACUAGUAGGUGAGCUCACGGGGCUCAAACCUGACGACGUUGCUAACGCGAACCCCAGCAAGAGCCGUGCUUCGCAGAAUCUACCACCGGAUCGGAAACGCGACCCGCUGAGUAGAUCCGCCGAGAAACUCAGUGGGCUGUCUGAGGGUUAGGACAGACACAAGCUCUGAGUUUUAAUUAUACCUUUGAUAUUUAAAUUAAAAAGAACCAAUUAGAUCGUAGACGAUUAUCGAUUUUAAUGAAAUUACUGAAAUAUUUGUUUACUACUUUUUUAAAUAAUUCUACUUAAAUUAUAACCAUUGCAUCUUUUUAGGGAAAAAAAUGAAUUUUACUGUUGUUAAAUUUAGAAAAUUAUCAUCGGUGUUGCCAGUUCAAAAAUCAGCGUCGCUAGAGCUGAAAAUUUCGUUAAUGUUAUGUUCUUUAAAUAUCGUAUGUUGGAAAAUGUUCUUAUAUUGAUAAAAACUUGUUUGAAGUGUUUGUAUGUAACAAAUUAAGCAUAAAGCGUGAAGGUUAUAAUGUAUCCGUACUUAAUAUUUUUUUUUCGUGUAAAUAAAUUGAGGAAUAUUGAA